AUGAAGGCCCCGCACUGCUGCUACAUCUGCAGCCUCCUGAUCCCCGUCUCCUUGCUGCUACUGCCAGCACUUAGCGGACCUAUGGCGGUACUGCUGGCGGCUGAGGCCGCGCCGGGCCCCGGACCACCGAACCCUGUGCUGCGGACCCUGACACCGCUGCCGCUGGGCUCCACCGCUUCCCAGCCACCGGGUCGUGCUCCAGUGGAUGUCACUGGGCCGCGGGGUGCCGAGGGCGGCAAUGGUAGCACCCCCCGGGCCGGGCUGGUGGGAGAGGAUCAUGCAGAGAAGGCCAGUGAAGGAUCAGCAGUGAGUGGCGGCCUCGCUGUUAGCCCUAAUCCCAGCGACAAGCCCAUGACCCAGAGAGCCCUGACUGUAUUGAUGGUUGUGACUGGCGCUGUACUCGUGUAUUUCGUCGUCAGGACUGUCAGGAUGAGGAGAAGAAACCGAAAGACAAGGAGAUAUGGAGUUUUGGACACCAACAUAGAAAACAUGGAAUUGACACCUUUAGAACAAGAUGAUGAGGAUGAAGAUAACACAUUGUUUGAUGCCAACCAUCCUCGAAGGUAA